GGGGACCCUUUGUGCGCCCGGAGCGCGCCUGUGAAUGCCGCGCGGUCGUCGGCACCGGAAGGGUUCCCACUGCGCCUGAAAGGGGACAAUGGAGGCUGCGGAUGGCGACGUCGCAGAAAUCGAGACGAUUUGCGAUUCAGCCCCUGUCACCAUGGUUGUCAGGCAAACUUCCUGCUUUGAUCAGCGGAGGGUGGAGAGGGAAGGAGCCCGCCGCCGAGGCCCGGCCGCACCGCGCGCGUCCCGGCGCCCUUGGCGGGUCCCCGCCCCCUUCCGGAAGGAACUGGGGACCAGCCUCCUGCACCUUGACCCGUCUAGACGGCCCCCAAGUUUUUGUCUCCGUUACCAAGGGCGAGGGGUGCUCUUUGACCCCCGCGCGGGGCGGAGGUGGCGGCCAGAGGGUCCUGAAUCCUCGCUGGAUUCCGGAGGGAGCGGGGUGCACGGCGACGGCCACCAGCUGUUCCAAAGGACAGCGCAUUUCCUGCCCGCGUUUUCUCGGCAGGUCCCCCUGGCCCUGUCCGAGGCGUUCCUCGCAGACCUGCUGGACCGAGUGUGCCAGCGGAUGAGCGACUACAGGCUGGAGGUGGACCCUGUGACCAAGGAGAAGACGUUCAAGCGAUUCGCGCCGAGGAAAGGAGACAAGAUAUACCAAGAAUUUAAGAAAUUCUCUUUUUACUCAGAGGCUUACAGACCUCUGAAAUUCGCGUGCGAAUCCAUAAUAGAAGAGUAUGAAGACGAGAUCCGCUCGCUCAUCGCCCGGGAGGCACGCUACCUGGCUGACAAGCUGUGCGCUGAAAAGCCAGGUCUGUGCAAAACUUCUCCCGGCCGCACUGAAUUCUAGGGCUGACGUGCCCCCGCCCCGGUUGGAGAGGAGAGAAGGCACAGCCAAGGUCAAUGCCUGCGUCUCUGUCUGCCCGGCUCUUCACGGGAAGGAAGUGUACGCCCCUGGUUUAUAUCAGGUCGCCUGGUGGAUAGUAUUGUGUUGCAAAUCUGUUGUUUGGUCUCAUUAAAAAACAAAACCAAACCCCGAUUCUUUCUAUAGGUGAGGCUGAGGGCAUAAAACAAAUUACCUUUGUGGAUUUUGAUAAAAACCGGCAUGGCAAUAAAGCAUUUAAUUCGGUAAUAGGAAAAAGGAGAGGCCAUUUCGUAAAUGAAACAAGGAUUUAAUAACGCGUCCUGUAUAGUUUGUGCACAGAUUCAAAGUAUUGUGUUCUGUUUUAUAAGAUCUGAUUUGAUUUCUUAAAGACCUGACGGGUCAUGAAAUUAAUAAAAUAUAUUGCCCCAAACCCCA